GGAGCUCGGCCCGGCGAGGAAGAGAUUGGUCCUCCGCGAACGAAAGACACCGAAGACUCUCCGUCCACCGCCGCUGCCAUGGUGACGUGCGACGACACCAGACUUCAAACGAGCGGCCCUGUUCAGGAGGUCGAAGGCAGCGGAGUAGACGUCAUGUCCGUCAGCUCAACAUCGCAAAAACAAGACGUGGAAACAGAGGAAGCCGAUCACGAGGAGCGUGCGAUAUCGGAGCCGGCUGAAAGUAAAGAGAACGACAGCGAUGACGGUGAAAGAGAAGAAGCGAAUGACAGGGACGACGAUUGGAAACCAGACAAAAGCCACGUAAAGCUGAAAGGAAGUGACUCUAAACAGCGGCCGAAGACGACAAAGAAACAAAAGGCCAGGCGUAAGUCAAGGACUGAGAACAGUGGUGAUGUUUUCUCCUGCAAAGUCUGCGGAGCUCAGCACAAAUCAGAAGUCGCAUUCGUCAAACACGCCUGGAGUCACGUGGACGAUGCAGGAAGCGUCUGCGGAGUGUGCGGAGAGCUUUCGGAGUCCUCGGAGGCGUUGAAGGGUCAUCUUCAAAGUUACCACAAAACCGGCGACCGCGGAGAGUCUCUCCUCGGUGUCCUCGGCCUCAAUGAGCACGUGGCUGCCCACUCGGGGGAGAGACCGUACGAAUGCGAUGUCUGCCAUGACGUUUUCGCGUUGAGUUUGUCCCUGGAGAAUCACCGGAAACUCCACGAGGCGGGCGCGCCGCACAAAUGUUACACUUGCCACAAAGUGUUCGCUAAGAAGGAACACUUAAAAGCUCACUGCGCGACUCACACCAACAAAAAGAAGCAGCUCUGCGGCGUGUGCGGCAAAUCCCUCAGCGACUAUAGGUCUCUAUCCCGCCACAAGCUGACGCACUCCGGGGAGCGGCCUCACAGCUGUCGGGUUUGCGGGGAUCGGUUCAAACUUCCCGGGACGCUGAGACAACACGAGAAGAUUCACACGGACCGAGAGAGGUCGUACCUGUGCGACGUUUGCUGCAAGAUGUUCAUGACGAGCAAGCAGCUGCAGAUCCACAUGAGAAUGCACACCAACGAGAAGCCCUACCACUGCGGCGAAUGCGGCAGGGGCUUCAGCACCAAGGGACCGUUGACGGUUCACAUGCGGAUCCACACCGGAGAGACACCGUACAGCUGCCCGGACUGUGGCUGGGCCUUCAAGCGCAAGGUUAACCUGGAUAACCACGUGACGGUGCACUCAGGCCUCAAACCGUUUGUUUGCGUGACUUGUGGGAAAGCGUGCGCUCGUAAAGCGUAUUUGAAAGUCCACAUGAGAACCCACAACGGGGAGAGACCGUACAAGUGUAAACUCUGCGAUAAGGCUUUCACUCAGAGCCACUGCCUGAAAACGCACAUGAAGAGCCACCUGGUGGCCAACGCUGCACCGUGACACUGACAAUAAGGGAUGCCACGAUACCAGAAUGUUUGUUGUCAACAGCAAUAACUGUGAAAUUCCACGAUUCUCGAUACCCAACUCGUUACCACGGUAAAAACAAGGGCUGGCUAUCAGUCGAGCCGUUAGAGUGCACUAUUAAAGGGGAACUAUGCAGUUGUUUUAGCUUAAUUUACCUUAACUGAACAGCUUCGGAGUCAUUGGAAUGGUUAUAUUACUUUUGUUCGGGUUUUUUAAUUUAUUUUUUUAAUUUAUUUUAUUACAGAGACAGUGCAUAUUAAUAAACAUUUCUGUCAAUAUGCCAGAGUUAGCCAGAAGGCUAUUUUUCAUCUGCAGUCUCUAGACAGAUGGUAAAAAAGUCACCCUAAAAGAAUGUAAAAUUACACAUUUACAUAACAAUAAAUACAUUUAACAUACAUUUGAUAAAAGGUAAUAUUAAAAAGGUCGAAAGGUGGUUGUCUCGCUUCCCCCUAGCGCCUGUGAGCGGAAAAAACACCCUUGCAACAUUCGGCAAGCGCUACACACAUACCCGCGGCUACACGGCCCCAUCCAGGAACCAGCUAGCUAUAAGAACAAAGUAGCGAUGGAAUUUUUCACACUAUCGUCAUGGCUGAGCUGGCAAAAAAGAAGCAGAAAGCUAGGAAAGCAUUUUCGGAGGAACAGACAAAGAGGAACAGCAGACUGACCGAGCGAGGACACAAACACGAGUAGCCUAAAUAUCGGACCUGCGUUUUCAGAAUGGCGAGAACUGAGACAAACAGAAGCCUGCAAAUCCGAUGCUGACCUGGCGUUCUUGCUGCUGCACUUGUAAGUAUCUUUGAUCAGAAACUUGAUCUGAUCACAGAGUUUCUUGUCAACUUGAUGUUGGCAAACGCAAGUUGCUUCUGCUCCGACCGCGCUCUAAGGCCAUUGUAGGCAAAAAGAAUAAUGUUACAUGUUAAUAAUGUUGAACAAAUGCACAUAACCAGAGGGAGAAGAUGGGAGGAGGAAGAGUUGCCAACAGGUUUUUACGACAGCGUUGCCAAAUAUCUAUUCCGAAGCUGUAGGUGGAGCUCUAUAGAGAAACCUGCGAGCAAAAAGCAAGAAAACAGCGACGAAAUUGCCAAAACUGCAUAGCUCCCCUGUUCUGCUGUGCUGUAGAUGUUCUUCUUCUUCAGUAUUUUUCAGCAGACUAAAACACUUGUAGGUGAAUAAGCUGCCCCCGUAACGUCCGGAAGAAUUGCAUCUCCGGUACCUGCGUUACCUACAAAAACAAGUACCAGAAAUUUAGCAUUGACUGGUACAGCACCAUAUUUUUUCUCCUGUAAUCCCUACUGACAAUGACCAAAUUGAUAUGUAAAUCGUCUCCAGUGAGACUGAAUUAUUGUUUUCUGCUAUUUAAUGUAUGUAUUCUUCAAGUUAUGUAAAGAAAGGCUCCUGUACACUUUGCAAAGUUCAUUGCAUGUCACGCUGUGCGAGAUGGCUCAAAUAAAAUCUUCAGUCCGUACAAUCUCAGUUUUGAUGUUGUCAGAUGCUGAAAUUAAAACCUGGUAAACUGUG